AUGGAUAGAAAUCAUAAACCGUUGAGAAUAAAUCUUCUAAAAGCUGGGUGCCUCCAAGCUAGUGCUGGAGAGCAAGUGUUCCAGACAGAUGUCCAUUCCGCUGGCCAUGAUGGACUAAACCUGCCAGCCCUGGUAUACUGCCCCCAGGACAGCCCUCGAAAGGCUGGGACCCUCCAAGCUAGUGCUGGAGAGAAAGUGUUCCAGACAGAUGUCCAUUCCGCUGGCCAUGAUGGACUAAGCCUGCCAGCCCUGGUAGACUGCCCCCUAGACAGCCCUCGAAAGGCUGGGACCCUCCAAGCUAGUGCUGGAGAGCAAGUGUUCCAGACAGAUGUCCAUUCCGCUGGCCAUGAUGGACUAAGCCUGCCAGCCCUGGUAUACUGCCCCCAGGACAGGCCUCGAAAGAACCUUGUGCCGAAGCCCCCGCAAAGCCCCAGGCCCAGCCGAGAGGCCAAUAUAGCAAAGGCAGAAAAGAAGGCCAGGGAGUCUAUCAAGGCUAGAAGGGCUAGGGAGGCUAAGGCAGGGGUGAAAAAACUAAGCCGCCAAGUAGUUGGUGUGUCGGGACUGCCUCAAACUCUUCUAUCUCGAACAACCAGAUACAGUGUCCUGCCAGCUAUCAAGAAGGGCACUAAAGUUACUAAAAUGGAGACAACAGAACCCCUAUGUCCCUUGACACCUGAUGGGGAGAUAAUGAUGACAACCACCCAUGCAGCACGGGCAGCUCCUUCCCAGACCCUGGAAGAAGAGGUGGGGGGAGCUGAGGUCUCCGAGAUGAGUGACAGCUCCCUGAUGCUUACCAAGAACAGGCAGGACUCCCUGGAGAAGAUUCCCUCCCUCCUACCAGGCAAGGAGGACAUCCUCCUUCGCAGCACUCCCUGUGCCACCGUCAUGAGCCCCCAGACUCUGAAGUUUAUUCUCCAUGGCAUCAUGUGCCGACUGGAGGCCUCAGAGUCCCCCCAGACAAGGAGGACCAAUGACCCCUUCAGGCUGAUGAAGGAUCUCUUUGUGGAGGUCCAGCAUGCCCUGAAGAAUGCUGACAUCUCUGUCGUCUUUGGCCUGGAGGAGAGCAUCCAAUUCAGUGGGGAGGAUGCGGUGAAGGCCAUCGUGAAGACUGCGGCUAAAAGAUUGUCCCUGCGUUCAGACUCCAACCGGGCUCAACUGCGUGCCGCACGCUCUGGUAGCGAGGGAGCCAUCGGGUGCAUGGCGGACACCAUCACACAAGUCAUAGAUGACUAUUCCGAGAACUGGAGUUCCGACGGCCAUUUUGGAGCCAGGAGGAGCCGUGCUAGUGGGAGAUCACACUCCUCAACCUCCUCAAGGAGUGACGUCACCCUCACCGAGGAGCUCCUGGCUUGGAGGGAAACCCUAGAAGAGGACCUAGAGGAGAUGGCUGAUGACAGCACUGGUUUGGAAAAGACCAGUGUAAGCUCAGCCAUCUCUGAGAAGUCCCAGGUAAUUAGAUACCUUUCUGAAAGCACCAAGCCCAUCAGCAGCGCCCUCUCCACAGACCUCAAGGACAUCACCUCCACACAGGUGAGACAGCCAAGAACCAGUAGAUCGUUUAGUUAUUUGGGCUGUUUGAUUGUGAGGCAUCGACUCAUUUCUGUUUCUCUCUCUACUAAGAAGAAAGAGAAGGAAGAGGCUAUGAAGAAAGAAGUGAGGAAGUCAGGAAAGAAGAAGCGAGGAAAUAACAAGGACCAGAAGAAGAACAAGGUGUCUCCUCUUGGCAAUGAUAGUAUUGUAGCUGCAGAUGAGCCUAAGAAAAAACAGGCUCUCCUCCCGCGGAUCACAGCCGCCCUGGCAAAAGUAUUUUGCUUCCCCUGCAAAAACAAAAUGCAAAAAGUAACUGUGCAGAAGACGAGUUUGGGAUAAUCCUGCUGCCACCUCCCCCAACCCAUUUUUUAAAAAAAACUCUCAAAGCCAACAGAAGAGGGAGGGAGACAACACCCCCUACUCACAACUCAUUUUAUUACACCCCAUUUAAUUCAAUAAACACAACU